AACAGACCACGCCCCCUGUCCUUGAUGCCCCGCCUCCUUUAACCGGCGCUACAGUUAACGGGGCGUUGAUUUCCCAUGAAAGAUGUUAGUAUUUUCAGGUGACCGGGUGUGAUGUGUGUAUGGGUGUGUGAUAUGCGUGUGUGAGAGUUUCAAGUGUGUGUUUGUAAACGUGCCUCGCUCGGAUACUGUCCCUGGUUUACACCGCCGGGAGGCUCUGUGUUCCUAUGUACGUUACCGUCACGGAACAGCCAGCCGUCGCCCAGCGAUGACCGAAAGCCCCCUGACCAAGGCAGCCAACGGGGAAGUGGGUCCGCAUGUGACGAACGGGCUGAAACCGGGCAGGAACGGCGUCCUGAGGAGCGUCCACCGCUGCCAGCAGGAUGAGGAAGAGGUCCAGAGGUUGUCUAAUCAUGGCGGCUUCUAUAACCGGCCUUUCCUGGAGUCCUACGAAGAGACGCCCAUGCUGGUGGCCGUCCUCACCUACAUGGGGUACGGGGUCCUCACCGUCUUCGGCUACCUCCGGGACUUCCUCCGCCACUGGAAGAUCGAAAAGUGCCACAUCGCCAGAGAACGAGAGGAACAAAAGGACUUUGUGCCGCUCUACCAGGACUUUGAGAACUUUUACACCAGGAACCUGUACAUGAGGAUCCGGGACAACUGGAACAGGCCGAUAUGCAGCGUCCCGGGAGCCAAGAUGGAUCUGAUGGAACGAGUCUCCCACGACUACAACUGGACCUUUGAGCACACGGGUCGCAUGGUGAAGGAUGUGAUUAACCUGGGCUCGUAUAAUUACCUCGGCUUCGCUGAGAACACAGGCGUGUGUGCUGAUGCUGCUGCUGAAGUCGCCAUGACGUAUGGCGUUGGAUUGGCGAGCACGAGGCAGGAGAUUGGUAACCUGGACAAACAUGAGGAGAUGGAGAAACUGGUAGCUGAGUUCCUCGGGGUGGAGUCGGCCAUGGUGUUUGGGAUGGGCUUCGCCACCAACUCCAUGAACAUUCCAGCUCUUUCUGGAAAAGGCUGCCUGAUCCUGAGUGAUGAGCUGAACCACGCCUCUCUGGUCCUCGGAGCCAGACUCUCCUGUUCCACCGUCAGAGUCUUUAAACACAACAACAUGCAGAGCCUGGAGAAGCUGCUGAGAGAAGCCAUAGUUCACGGUCAGCCCAGGACCCACAGACCCUGGAAGAAGAUCCUCAUCGUGGUCGAGGGCAUUUAUAGCAUGGAGGGCAGCAUAGUUCGCCUCCCGGAGAUCGUCGCCCUGAAGAAGCGCUACCGAGCCUACCUGUACCUGGACGAGGCCCACAGCAUCGGGGCACUGGGCCGGAGGGGGCGUGGUGUAGUGGAUUACUUCGGCCUGGACCCUGGGGAUGUAGACGUUCUGAUGGGAACGUUCACUAAAAGCUUCGGUGCUGCGGGGGGGUACAUCGCAGGGAGAAAAGAGCUGAUCGACUUCCUGCGCUCCAACUCUCACAGCGCCGUCUACGCCACCUCCAUGUCUCCUCCUGUGGUGGAGCAAAUCAUCACUUCUAUGAAGUGCAUUAUGGGAGAAGAUGGAACAACGAUAGGAUCCGAUCGCGUGCGGCAGCUUGAAGAAAACACAGUUUACUUCCGCAAAAAGCUUAGAGAAAUGGGUUUCAUCAUCUAUGGCAACAACGACUCUCCCGUCGUUCCCAUGAUGCUCUACAUGCCCGCCAAGAUCGGAGCCUUUGGCAGAGAGAUGCUGAAGAGGAACAUCGGGGUUGUGGUGGUGGGCUUCCCCGCCACGCCCAUCAUCGAGUCACGGGCACGCUUCUGCAUCUCGGCCGCUCACUCCAAAGACAUGCUGGACAGGGCUCUGAGUGCGAUCGGUGAGGUGGGAGACCUCCUCCAGCUCAAGUACUCUCGUCACAGGCAGCCGGCAUCGUCAGCGCGGCCGUUUGAUCAUCUGUACGAGGACAUCGACGGCUAAAGCUGGUGCUCCAGGUGCAUCAUGGGUACCCCACAGGAUGAGACAACCAUACACGGAAACGCCACUUCUCCUCUUUGUAUGCGUGCGUUAGUUACACUUUCAUCCUGUUUGGACCUCCUCGGUUCUCCAGAGAUGGGAUCAUUUGGAUCUGAAGCUUCUGAACGUUUCCUCGUUUGUACUGAACCACAAGUCUCCUGUUUGGACCUGGUCAGCUGUCAGAACUCUUCCUGGGGGUGGAUUUAGAGGAACAUGAGGAGGCCAGAGCGGUUGAAACAUGACCAAACAGUUCUGACCUGAUCAGGUUCAACAUCAGCUGCUGGGGGGCACCAAAGUUCCAUUCAUGCAAACUUUCCUGUUCUUCUCUGACAUGAAGCUAAAAGCUGCAGAUACUUUCUGAAGAUGACUUGUCCCACAGACCUCCUACCGUUGAUGACAUCAUCUGGUCUGGUCUUCAUCAUGAGCAGAUGAACUCUUCAUCACCCCCCUGCUGCUGAAAAACAGUUCUCUCUGAUUUCUUCAGACUGUUUUUCAGAUCUAAGGCUCGUUACAGUGAGAUGAAUAAUUUAUGGUAAUAUUUUCUUAAGCUGUAAAAACAAGCUUAAGAACUUUUUCUGGAGCAGAACAUUAAAGAAGUCUUUCUGCUGGAGUCAGAAUAAACUAAAACAAGUCAGCCACCGAGUCGUCUCAAAACAUUUAGUUUCAUUCAUGAGGAGAAAAAAUUUCUGCUGUUUCUGUUUGUGUCUCAAAAAACUCAAACCUGGUGCAAAAUUCUGCUUUUUCUGGCUUCAUCUGGUUUUAUUCAGCAGCAAAACACGAAGACUUUCUGAUGUUUCCCAUCCUACUGGAGGCAACGGGUUAACGUGCACAUACACACACACACACACAGCUGGUUAACAUGCACACAUACACACACUCACAGCUGGUUAACAUGCACACAUACACACAGCUGGUUAACAUGCACAUACACACACCUACACACCUGGUUAACAUGCACAUACACACACAGACAAGCCCUGUUAACUUGUGCACACACAUGCCUGGUUAACAUGCACACACACCUGGUUAAAGUGCACGCACACACAAACAAUCCUUGUUAACUCGCGCACACACACGCCUGGUUAACAUGCACAUACACACACACACACAGAUACACACACGUCUGGUUAACAUGCACACAUACACACAGCUGAUUAACAUGCACAUACACACACAGACAAGCCCUUUUAACUUGUGCACACACACAUGCCUGGUUAACAUGCACACACACCUGGUUAAAGUGCACGCACACACAAACAAUCCUUGUUAACUCGCGCACACACACGCCUGGUUAACACACCUGUUAACCUUCAGACUAAUGAAUGCUGCUCUGCAAGCGUGUGUUCUGAUGUUUAUUUCUUUUGGGGAAACUGUUUAAAUCAUUCAUUUGUAGAACAACUAAAAUCUGCAUAAUCCUCUGAGUCAGAGGCAUCAACCUCAGGUCUUCUAGAGUCACUCCUGCGUGUUUUAGAGGUUUCUCAGCAGGUGAUUAACAGGCUGAACAUGUGACUCGGCCUUUAAACCAGGUGUGUUGGAGCAGAAAAAUAACAAAAACAUGCUUGGUAUGGUUAGAGGUCCUCAGAGACCAGGAUUGGAGAUCCUGGUUUUAGAUUAUUCUUUGCUUCAAUACACCUGAUUCAAUGGUUUGGUGACUUCAAGAGGCUGUUGAUGGCCCUUUGACUUUUUGAAGCAGAGACACAACUAUAACAGACAAGAUGGUGGCCUUUGAGGCCCAAACCACUCUUACAUCAGUCCUCACGUUAAUCCGCUGCUUCUUUUCUUCCUGUUUUUCAGUAUUUAUUCAUCUCUACAUGAAAAUGUUCUCAUCACAGAAGUUUAUUCCUUUGAACCGUUUGACCUCAGGACUCUGUCCUAGAACAGCGCCUCCCACCCCGGUCUCCAGAGAUCGUUGUCCUGCAGGUUUUAGAUGUUUCCCUGCUUUGCUGCACCUGAUUUAAAACGAUUAGGUGUUUAUCGGGCUUCUGCAGAAGCAGUAACCCAGCCAAACAACGAUAACCUGCAGGAUAAUCCACCUCUGCUCCGGCCAAACUUCUACAGUUUUGUCUUAAUCUGUAAUUUAAUAAAGGCAGAAUCGCCUGAUGCAGGAGGCGAUUCUUAUAGCUUUGUUUAAACUCAACUUUUUGAAUCAUUUAGUUUAUUUUUUGCAUAUCUAACAUGUCAGAAAUGUUUCCUGAAACCCCCAGUGCCUUUAAAUAAAAUAUUUUCUAAGAAGACUGGAGUCAGACUAGGAUUGUUGAUAUUUUUAUUUUGUCUUUGGCAGUAGGUAGACCUUUCAUUACCACUAACUGGAAUAGGAAGGCACUGUUAGGAACACGACAACUGAAUAUUCUAAUGUAGAGCUUCACUGUCAUUAAAACUACCUGAAACAUG